AGUUUUAAAGCAGGGCACGCUUCCGUCCGCAAUUACUCCUGGUGGCACUACCCGGUUCGGCCGGCGCCUGGCUGGAGGGCGCUCGAGAGGCCGGCGCGGCUCGCCCAGCGGCGGGAGGAGGAGGAGGAGCCGGAGCAGGAAGUGGUCAGUAGCCCCGCAGCGCAAGCCGGCGAUGGUUCUCCCGCGGUUCCUGCUGCUCCCAAGUGCGCGCCGGGUGAUCCUCGGCUCAGCGGAGGCUGCGCUCUGGGGUUUAAAGUCAAUAAAAGGAAGCUGCCACAAUUUUUGUACUGCUAUUUGUAAAGAUGUCACUUAUAUGGAACUUAAAAAACUCUUGAAUUCAAAAAAAAUUAUGUUAAUUGAUGUUAGAGAGACAUGGGAAAUUCUUGAGUAUGGAAAAAUCCCCGGGUCUGUCAAUAUACCACUGGAUGAGGUAGGUGAAGCUCUACAGAUGAACCCGAAAGACUUCAAAGAGAAGUACAAUGAAGUAAAGCCAUCCAAAUCUGACAGUCUAGUGUUUUCUUGUUUAGCCGGAGUGAGAAGCAAGAAGGCUCUGGACACAGCAUUAUCUCUGGGCUUUAACAGUGCUCAAAAUUAUGCUGGAGGAUGGAAGGAGUGGGCAACCUAUGAAUUUUCAGAGAAGAAACAAGGACAUUGAAUUUUGGAAUACAAGCUGGCCCUUUCCUUGUGUACAUGCAGCCCAGGAUAGUGGAAGAAACAAAAGAAUAAGAAAGUAGCCGUGGCACCACUGAUUAAUGGGAAGGGGAUUUUGUAUAAGUCAGUUAAUUUGUUGAAUCUUUUUCUCAUCUGUAAAUUGAGAAUCCCACUUCCCCCUGCCCUCUUCCAAAGGCUAUUGAGGAUUGAGGUAAUGCAUGUAGUUUACCGUGGAAAUAUAAGGGUUGGGACUCUAGGAAUUAAUUUUUAAAUAGCUUAGUAUAGUUCAAUAGUAUUCCAAAAGACUUGAAUUCUUUUGCUACCUAAACAUAACAUGUGACUAUUUGUGUUAGAUUAGCUUCUGUACUGUACUCUUCAUCAAAGAGGUGACCAGCAUGGCAGUGAUAUAAUUUGCAAUUUAAAAAAUGAAUAUGAUCCAUGGGCAUAGUACUCAGAACAGUGGUUGCUUCUGUGGAGGGAAGGAGAUUAACUGGAAAAGGCAAGGAAGAAAAUUUCUAGGGUGAUGGAAGUGCUCUGUAUCUUGAUUGAGGUAUUGGUACAUAGGCAUAUACAUUUAUCAAGACUCAUUGACGUGAACACUUAAAAAAUAUACAUUAUCUGUAAUUAUAUCUCAAUUAAAAUAAUGAAAAUAAAAAUAGAAUAAUGAAAAUAGAAAAAUGUUUAAAUAUAAAUGAUUCCCACUAGCAUGAGUAUAUUCCUUUGGAAUGUUAAGUCCUACAUUUUGCUUGUUAGUACACUAGUGCACAGUAACUGAAAUUUAAAACCCAGUAGAUGGUAGAUGGGUUUAACAGAUUAGACACAACUGAUGAGAUAAUUAAUACAAAUGAAAUAAAUAAGGUACACAUAUUAAUAUGGAUGAUUCCUACAAUGUUGUGAGAAAAGGCAAACUAUGGAAACAUAUACAGUACAGUAUAUGCACAAUAAUACCAUAUAUUAUGUAUUUAGUUUAUACCUAUAUAUGCAUGUGUAUGUAUGUACACAUAGUAUAAGUAUAAAGUAUGAGAAUAAUAAAUACCAAAUUCAGAAUGGUUUCCUUUGCGACAAGAACACAGGAGGUUGUAACAGUAUGGUUAACAUUUUAUUUAGCAUGUUUAGUGGGUAAAUGAAUACUUAUUUUUACCUUUUAUAUGUUUGGGAUAGGAACUCGGUAUCCUUAGUUGGAGACACGUAAACCAGAUUGUACAAUUAUAAUACCUUUGGAUUCCUGGUACUUUUUUAAAGAAAAAACUUAUAAUGUAUCUUAUUUACCCAAAUAUAAUUAUACUUGUAUCUUUUGGAAAAAGCAAAGGAUUAACAAAUUAAUUAGAAUGAUUUGUUUUCUAUAUCAGAUCAAAUUUACGAAUGAUUUUAUUUGGUAUUCUUAAAUAAAAAUUUAACAAAUUAUA